AUGGGUCUCCACACGCCGUGGUAUUCGUUCAAGGACACGAUACGCGAAUACCUAGCCGAGAUCAACAAAGACAGAAAAGUCAUCGAGUACACUCUUUUCCAGCCUGGUCUCUUUUCCAACUACUUAACCGUUCCAUACAAGUCAGCCAAACAUCUCACGCCGCUCCGGAUGAUUUACGAUUUCGAGAAUCGUAGGGCCAUCAUGCGAGAAGGCGGGGAUGACGAUACCAUCGUCUUGACUACGGUACAAGAUCUCGCCGGCGUUGUCGCGCGAGCAAUCGAUUACGAGGGCGAAUGGCCGGUCGUGGGCGGCAUUCGAGGCUCGCGCAUCUCCAUCAAGGAGCUCGUUGCUCUUGGCGAAGAAAUAAGAGGUCAGUCCUUCGCCUUCUUCCAGCUCAGAUGA